AUGGCCCCAAUCGCAUUCAGCGGUACUAUUCCUUCAAAGAAGAAGGCUGACCUUCAGGCUAUUGCAGUAGCUCUUCAAAUCAGUGAUGCUGGAACCAGAGAGGAUCUACAAGGCAGAAUCAAACGUCAUCUCGAGCAACACCAAUCCAAAUUUGAAGAUGACCCUGUGUUCUCUGGUCUAUAUGGGAAGAAGAAGAAAAGCGUGCAACCUCCUCUAGGUCGUUUCGUACCCGGUUCACCAGACAAAUCGGAAGUGACGCACGAGAGCCCUCAACUCACUCGCAGUGCUCGUCGUAUUGUUGCGGUUGACCCACGUGAGACAACCGCUGUCGACGACAUGCACAACGUGUCUGUAAUGCUCAGGAACCUCCCUAUAUCCCCUGAGGUCGACUCCCCUCUUCCCCCGUCUGCUAAGCCUUCUCCCCAGAAGGAGCAGCGCAAACCAGACAGUGUUCGACCUGUCGCGUCCAUUCCAAAAACGCGUCCAGUCUCUAAACCUGUUGCUGUUGUCGUUCGUGACUCCCUCGCGAGCCUCCAAAUCAGCGUGCAGACGCACACCCGAACUACUUUGUUGACGACGCGUGCCGUCCUCUCCGACUCUACAAAUAUUUUGUUCCUCACGGCUCUCCUCGAGCUACUCUAUGUUCUCUACAUGGUUGUUCCAUGGCAGAUUGUUAAGGUUAGUUUUCCCCUAGCACCAUCGCUCUCAGGCUCGCGCAGCCAGUUUUACCUCGCGAUCCCAUAUCCCCCCGCUCGUACCUUCUUACAACCAUCCUUCUGGACCGUCCUAUUCCACUGGUCGAUACCUACCAUCCUCGUCCCCCUCAUCUUCGGUCUACUCGUCUCCUUCCACCCCGCUAAUUCUACAUCCGCCCGGAUCCCCCAAGUCCUUGCACUCGACCCACUUUCAGCUUCUAUCGCUCGUCUCGCAGCUCAUGUUGUCUACCCCUUCCACACUCUCGAAGCCUCCCUACAAGGUGUAGACGUCAUCGGUCAGAGAUGGCGCCUCUUGACAGCAUCUGUCGUAGUUGCAUUCGCAUUCGCAGAUGCUAUUUUCUCUGCACCUAGUGCGUUUGCCGAGUCGAGGGUUCGCUUGCGCGCAAGCACUCCAAGGCGUACUGUCCCAUCCGAAGAUACUCUCGUCUCUGUUACCGCUGAGUCAUGA